CGCGUGUCCUCGGCAUUCACAGAGGGGCAGGGGGAGUCGGGCAGGCUGCGGGGACCCGGGACACACGACCGGGCGGGCACUGCACCGGCGACGGCGGCGCCGAGCGGAACCAACCGGACGUCUUUCGUUUUUUGACAGCGUGCAAAUGUCAUGAAGAUAUUUUGAUGGAAUAGAUCUUUUCUUGGGCCGACACCUUUGUCUUUGCAUAAUGUUUCGCAGAAGCGAUAUUUUGCUCAUCUGUACCUUUGUGGCAGUAAUCGCAACUACUGACCACAGUCCUCCAGAUUCCAUUACAGGAUCUGAUUCUGAAGUUACAAUCUAUCGUCUAAGAACCGAAAAACCAGGACAAAUGUUCCGAGAUGAUCAUGUAGCAAAACUAGCAGCUAAUCUUGAAGAAAUAAUAAUGGAACGUGACUAUGAGCGGGAAUUUCUUAAGAAAAAGGAGAAGCAUAAUUUCAUGGAAAAAUUUACCACUGCACCUUACGAUGAAAUACUCCAGGAAGACCGUUGUGUGGUAAAUAAUGGCAACUGCUCACAGAUAUGUGAAACUGUUGGAUAUGAAACUGUCUGUUCCUGUCGUGAAGGAUACAGUCUCACGAGCGCCACUGCCUGCACUGCAGUGUCAGCAUGUGAAAUUGUUCUGUCCGGUACUUCAGGAGAGUUUACUAUUGGUAGUAAGCCUUGCCAGUGGCUCAUAAAAGCACCAAGACGUCGUAUCAUAUCAAUUACACUUCAUAGAACGAGUGGUUCCUACGGCUAUUAUAUUGACGCGAGCAGACGUUUUGGGGUAAUCUACGACGGAAAUUCUACUGAAGGAAAUGUAAUUACUCGUAUCCGCCCCGAUACGACAGAAACUGUUCUCAGAAGCUCUGGUCCAUAUGUGCUCAUCAAAAGCCUUGAGGAAUGGGCUCGCCAUCCGGACCUCAAACAACGUGUUUCUUAUGUGACAGGUUACCCAUAUUUAGAAAUUACGUAUGGUGACACUACUGGCCAUUUAAGUGUUCCUGUCCCUUCAUUAUCUAUGGGUGAAGAUUGUUUCUCUCUGACAUACAGUGCACCACAAGAUGGUUCCUUGAUGGUGAACCUGGCCCAAAAAUAUGAAAAUUUACUGUGGCUUACUCCAGAGUUUACAUUUGAGGUAUGUCAGUUAAUUAAUUUUUAG